UGGCAACCUCAUCAUCCGUAUGUUGUUACUUGGAAUGGCCCAAUGCUAGCAACACAGACAGCCUGAGUAAACUUAAAGAUAACGGUGAUUCAGAACAUUUAGGUCACCAUGUUCUGUACACUUGAUUGUGACAGAAGUGUGUCACACGCGCACCUAGAUACCAUUUAACCUAUGGAUAUAACGUUAUGUUAGUACACACAUGAACAGAAAAAGUAUUAGAUACACCGUAAUUUCAUGACGGUGUGGAUGCACCAUUUGGUUUUUAAGACUAUCAAAUGAUUACAGGUACACAUUCAAAGACAACAUGUUUCUCAGGAAAUACGCAAUGAUAGGACUUCUUCUCGUCACUCUGGUUUAUCUAUCAGAUGCAGGUACAUGCAAUUGGGAAAUCGACGCUACUGAGGCCGUACGAAACCUUACCAUACCAGGUCUAUUGCAGCAAAACGAAAGCUGUUGGUGGAGAGUACAUGCUGCUGAAGAAGGACAUCAUGUCGUGAUUGAGGUUAUGAACCCGUUCAAUGUCACCGGGUGCCUGACUGCAACAUUAUCAAUAUAUGAUGGAUGGAACAGCUCCGACGCACUGCUGGCGGAAAUAUGUGCGAAUGAAAGGACGUCUAUCAUCAGUAGUGGCCGGACAUUGUAUCUGUACUUGGACAAGGGUUAUACAGUGACAAGGAUCCUGAUACAGGUGUAUGCAGUACCACAAUGCGGUGGACAACUUAAGGCGAUGCAUGCACCAACCAAUCUGACGUCCCCAGGAUACCCUCAACAUUAUUCCAGGAACUUCAAAUGUUCAUGGACCAUCACUACGGAACAUGAAGAUGAAACAGUGAUACUACAGAUGAUGGACGUGGACAUAGAGCAGAGUGAAGGAUGUGAGAACGCAUCAAUUACAAUGUACAACUCGAACUCGUCCGAUGAAAGCCUUCUUCUUGGACGCCUCUGUGGAAGAGAGCCUUAUGGACGUUUUCUUCAGAGUUCUAAGAACACACUAAAAAUUGAAUUCAUCACAAAAGUCUUUGGUUCUGGAAUGUACAAAGGCUUCAAGCUACAGUAUCACUCCGUGUCAGAAACAAACUGCAACUUCACCAACGUAAUCCAGGGGAGUAUGCCUUCGUAUAUAUACUCACCAGGAUAUCCGAGUACGUAUUACAAUGAUCUCGACUGUGUUUGGAAAAUAGUUACGAUUUCAAGGGAUGCUGUUCUCGAGGUUGUUGACUCUGAACUUGAAGGCUCACCUCCUUCUUGCAGUAAAGAUUCAGUAACGGUGUAUGAAGGAAUGGAUCCGGCAAUGAAUCAAGUUGGAAAGUUUUGUGGCUCGUUAACACCAAACUUCACGACUUAUUUGCUUACGACAGUAAAGUUUAAAACGAACACCGCUGUUGUCAAGAAAGGGUUCAGGAUGAAGUAUUAUGCAAUAAAACAUUAUAUCCCAACCACACCUGCACCAGACUGUGGUCCGCAGAACCUGACAGCUGUUCGAUCAGAUCAACACCUUGUAUCGCCAGGAUACCCAGUGGCAUCUCCAAGUAAUCUAGAUUGCCAGUGGACGAUAACAUCAUCCUCUCUUGACAUGAUGGUUCGCAUAGAGAUCCUCGACUCUGAAUUACAAAACAACUGGUCCUGCGAUUAUGGCGACAAGGUCUAUGUGUAUGAUGGUCCUGACAACACAGCAACUGUUAUACAGAUUUGGUGUGGACAUAUGAAACCAGUGGUUCAGAGUUCUGAUACAAGCCUCACGCUCAGGUUUGUCACAGGUGUCGGACAUGGCAAGGGAUUUAAGCUGAAAUAUACAGAAACACGAGAGUCUUUGCCAUGUGGCGGUCAAGUCAGCGUUACAAACUCUAGUGGCCAGUAUCUGUACUCUCCUGGAUACCCUGCUAAUUACCGUAGGAACAUGAAAUGCGUAUGGGUUUUGAGGAGCCAACAGGACACCAGCAUCAAGAUACAUGUACAAGAAUCUUCCGUCGGUGACGGAGAUAACUGCGCUGACAGUUAUGUGAGUGUCAGUGAUGGUGCCAACGAUUCUUCCAAACGAAUUGGCGUCUUUUGCGGCAAAAAACAACCAACGUUCAUCAGCUCUGGACAUGUUAUGUCGAUAACUCUCAAUACUGGAGCAGGAUCUGUCAAGAAGGGUUUCGUAAUCAAAUAUACCUCAGGGUCAUUUCACAAUCCUUAUGAUUGUGGUGGACGCUUACUGUUAAAUUCCUCCUUUUACCGUUUACGCCCGCCGGGAUACUACACAAACUAUUAUUUUGAUAUGAAGUGUGUUUGGGUGAUAGAAUCAAACCACCAAAACAUUAGGUUUUCCAUUGAUUCGACGGGGCUCAUGCUUUCGCCUUCGUGUAAAGAAGAGUAUAUCACAAUCAAUGACGGGACAUUGUCACAGCCGAGUUUAAUCGGGAGGUUUUGCGGAUAUGAACGGUUGCUGCAAUAUUACGUUACCUCCGGAAAAGUCAUGGUGGUCACAUUCCAAAGCCGGGAGCCAAAUAAUGUCCAAUUGCAAAGCGGUUUCGACAUAUCUUUGUAUGGCGGUGAUUUUGAGAUCUGUAAAUUACAGGAACAGAAGGCCUGGGACUCUCUAAGUUACAUAACAUCUCCCAACUUUCCAUUUAACUACCCAAGAAAUGCCCACUGCUCAUGGAGAAUAGACACUGUUGACGAUUCAAAUGACGUUGUCAUGUUAACGGUGAUAUCGUUUAAUAUAACAAAGACGUCAUCGUCCUGCGAUUCAAAUUACCUAGAAGCAUUUGAUGGCUAUGAUGCUGGCAGUCCGUCUUUAAGGCGAUGGUGUGGUACGGCUCAUGAUAACCCAGUCAUAUACAGCACAGGGAGAUACCUCUUCAUAAAGUUUGAUACCAGUAAUGACACACCUAAUACAGGUUUCAACAUCUCCAUCCAUCGAUCGUGGCGAUCCUCUGUUUCAGAAUCCCGGAACCACCUUAUCAUAGGACUCGCUGUUGGUGUUCCUGCUGGUGUGUUUUUGGUCGUUGCUGUCAGUUACUACGCUGUCAGGAAGGCUGCAUGUUUUAACAGUGGCACAAUAUCCCACAGAACAAACCUUCGCCCUGUCUCUUACAAACACAGUUGAACAAACAAGAAUAAAUAACCAAUGAAUGGAUAAGGAUGAGGACAUAGAGCCAACAAUAUACCCGGAAUAAAGAACUAGAGGCAAAGAAGCUUGAACAAAGAAUGUAUCGUGCGGAUCUAAUUGAAGAGAGUUCAGUGAUGUCAUGUUGCUAUGAUCAGCUCUAAAAGAUACUUCAAGUGGAAUAAAUAGUAAACACACUUACUGUGGUAUUUUGUAUAGUGUUCCUCACGACUGGGUAGCAUAACAAGUCAUAAAUGCUUUCUGGAUUGAAGAGCCCCGAUAUUAUUUAAAUAUUGCUUAGACCAGCAAGUGUAUCUUGGUAUGUACUCCGAAUCAUGAGGACGUCCACGAUUGUUCACGAUUAUGUAAUAAUUUGAGUGAGUGAGGUUGCUUAAACGCCACUU